AACGCGUUACUUUUACCCCUCACCUGCGGGCAUAAAAAGGUCAAGGUCGUUCCAUUCUCAACUCUUCUUCUUUUCCUCUUCAUCAAUUCAUCGACUCGACAUAAAACACUUGAAGAAUAUCCAAGAUAUCAUAACCUGUACGGCUCUCCUAAGCUACCUUAGCAGCCAUGGAGCCUUUCAGCGGUAGUCUUGUCCAGACCUGAUUGGGACCUCUCAGGUAAAGUAUCAUGCAUGAGCCGGUGCCCAUUCUUCUCCCAUCAGCAUGGUCAGUUCAAACUGGUCGUGUUGAUGAUAGGGGGAUGUGGCUGAGAUUAUACGGCAAAACUUGAUCUGGAUAAUACCAGCGAAAGGAUCAUGUCAUCUCCCCUAUUGACCACCAGACUCUAACAACAACAGGCCCAAGAUCAAAAUGGCCCCUCCCGCUGCUGUCUCCCCUCCCUCUCGCUCCGCAGAGCUUGCUACAUCUACCAAGCUCCCAGUCAUGAGCAAGAACAUCAACACCAAGACCGUUGAGGAGAUGCUCGGUCAGUGGGAUGAUUUCAAGUUUGCUCCCAUCCGCGAGAGCCAGGUCUCCCGCGCCAUGACUCGCCGCUACUUCCAGGACCUUGAUAACUAUGCCGAGUCUGACAUUGUUAUCAUCGGUGCUGGCUCGUGCGGUCUGAGCGCCGCGUACAUUCUUGGCAAGAAGCGUCCUGAUCUCAAGAUCGCCAUCAUUGAGGCUUCCGUGUCUCCUGGUGGUGGUGCUUGGCUUGGUGGACAGCUCUUCUCCGCCAUGAUCAUGCGCAAGCCUGCUGAUGCUUUCCUCCGCGAGGUCGGUGUUCCUUAUGAAGAUGAGGGUAACUACGUCGUUGUCAAGCACGCCGCCCUCUUCACCUCGACCAUCAUGUCCAAGGUUCUUCAGAUGCCCAACAUCAAGCUCUUCAAUGCCACUUGUGUUGAGGAUCUCAUCACCCGACCUUCCGAGGAGGGAGUCCGCAUUGCCGGUGUUGUCACCAACUGGACUCUUGUUUCCAUGCACCACGAUGACCAGUCUUGCAUGGACCCCAACACUAUUAACGCUCCUUUGAUCAUCUCCACCACCGGCCACGAUGGCCCGAUGGGAGCUUUCUGUGUCAAGCGCCUUGUGAGCAUGCAGCGCAUUGAGAAGCUCGGUGGUAUGCGUGGUCUUGACAUGAACCUCGCCGAGGAUGCCAUUGUCAAGGGAACCCGUGAGAUUGUUCCUGGUCUUAUUGUUGGUGGAAUGGAACUUUCCGAGGUUGACGGUGCCAACCGCAUGGGUCCUACCUUCGGUGCCAUGGCUCUCAGUGGUCUCAAGGCUGCCGAGGAAGCUCUGAAGAUCUUCGACACUCGCAAGAAGCAGAACGAUCUGUAAGCGAGGUCAUCAAAGAAGGUCAUAGUUGGGAAACGGAACAUGUGAAUUCAGGAUCCUAGACCUCGUCUCUCAUUCGAGGCAUGGAACCUUGUCAUUCAUUUAGUCUGAGCGACUCAAGUUUGGAAAACAUGAACCCAAAGUCGGAUGUCACUCGAAAGAGACGCCAAAUAAAGCAAUACUAAAUUGAAUAAUUGCCUGCGAAGU